GCAAGUCUUGUUUGGCUUCAGGGCUCACUUGAUACUGUGCCACAGCACGUCCUCAGCCAUGAAGACCCUUUGUCUGCUCUUUUCUCUCCUCUUCCUGGCACUCCAGGUCUCUCCAGGUUUGUCUUCGCCCCGGAGGGAAAUGCUUUUCUGCAGAGGAGGGAGCUGUCACUUUGGAGCAUGUCCCUUCCACCUGGUUAAAGUUGGAAGCUGCUUUGGGUUCCGCUCCUGCUGCAAACCGCCAUGGAACCUAAGAGAAGUUGAUGAGCCAUUCAUUGAAGAGUAAUGAAAAUUUCUUCUAAGCCUACAAAAAAAUUUGCUUGGAAUCUCCUUACUCCUAAACCCAUUGGAUCCUGCUGC